AUUUCUGAGUGAUGCAAAAAAAAUUUAUCGACAAUUUAAAAAUUUUAGCGUUUGGAGGAACUGGUGGCAAUGGUAUUUUAAAAUAUAAUGGUAAAGGCGGAAAAGGAGGAGAUGUUUUAGCAUCUGCAUGUUCAAAAACUUCACUUAAUUUAUUAGCAAAUAAUUAUCCUAACAAAAAAAUUAAAGCUGAGCCUGGUGACCCUUCAAGAAUGUUUGAAUUGCAAGGAAAGCCAGGGAGAAACACGAUCAUUCAUGUCCCACUUGGUUCGUCGUUUUAUUAUAUUAAUGAUAAUAAGCAAACAAAUAAAUUUAAGCAUUUAGGAGAUGUAAAUAAAAUAAAUGAACAAAUUCUAUUAGCCAAAGGUGGGGAACCAGGAUUUGAACAUAAUUUGUAUAAUGGUCAACCUGGUGAAUGUAAUAAAAUUUUGAUAGAAUUAAAAUUAUUAGCUGAUGUAGGAUUGGUUGGGCUUCCAAAUGCUGGUAAAUCUACACUUUUAAAAUCAUUAACAAAUGCUCAUCCUAAGAUUGCAAAUUACCCAUUUACUACAUUAACUCCACAAAUUGGUAUAUUAGAAUAUAAAUCAGAUUUCCGUAAAAUAUCAAUAGCUGAUUUGCCAGGAUUAAUUGAAGGAGCAUCAUUAAAUAAUGGAUUAGGUCACAGUUUUCUAAAACAUAUUGAACGCACCAAACUUCUCUUAUAUUUAGUAGAUAUACAUGGAUUUUCACUCGAUAUUUAUAGUAAAUACAUGACAGCAAUCGAAACAUUACAAUUAUUAAUUAAAGAAAUUGAAUUAUAUAAUAAAGCCUUACUUGAAAAGCCAUCAAUAUUAGUUCUUAAUAAAAUAGACAUUAAUAAAGAUACAGAUAUCAAGGGUCCAAUAAAUAUAAAUCAAAAAUUUACUAAUAUAAGUUCAUUUGACCAAUUCUCAAAUGAUCGAAUCAAAUUCCACGAAAUAUUUGAAAUAUCUGCUAAAAAUAAAGUUGGAUUACAAUAUUUAAAACAACGUAUAAGGGUUAUAUUGGAUGAUACCUCAUUUCAAAAUUAAUCCUUAUUAUAUAAUAUUGUUAAAACAUAAAU